UUGUUUCGGCCUCUGGUUUUACCCGCGCUUGCGAGCUUCUUUCUUCGCUGGGUCUUAAGUGUCUCCUCAAACCCUAGUUGUACACUCUCCCUCUUUCUCUCUCUAAAUCAUCUGUAAAAUGGCUGAGGGAGCUCUGGACAUGUCUCUGGACGAUCUGAUUAAGAAGAAUAAGAAGGUCGGCGGGGGCAAUUCUCGGGGCAGGGGACGCGGAUCUGGACCCGGACCAGCUCGCCGGCUUCCGACACGCACAUUCAACCGACCUGCACCCUACGGUACCGCCAAGCUGGUUGAGGCACCAGAUUCAGCUUGGAGUCAUGACAUGUUUUCGGUGGAUCAGCAGAUGGCGUUUCCCGGCCAAGUAGGCGGUGGCGGUCGACCUUCUUCCAUAGAGACUGGCACCAAGCUCUAUAUAUCCAACCUAGAGUAUAGCGUCUCUAACGAGGAUGUCAAGGAACUCUUCUCAGAGGUUGGUGAUCUGAAAUCCUUUGCAAUUCAUUAUGAUAGGAGUGGAAGAUCAAAGGGAACAGCAGAAGUUGUCUUCUCACGUCGACAAGAUGCUUUAGCAGCUGUGAAAAGGUAUAACAAUGUUCAACUCGAUGGCAAGGCAAUGCAUAUAGAGAUUGUAGGCACAAACAUUGCAGCCCCUCCUGCUCCAUCUUCCUACAGUGGUGGUGCCUAUGGAGAUUUCAAUGGAAUUCCUAGAAGUGGGCAAGGGCGAGGUGGAGGUGGAGGUGGAGUAUUCGGAAGGCCACGUGGUGGCAAUAGGGGAAGAGGCCGUGGUUUCCGAGGAGGAGGAAGAGGAGGUGGAGGAGGUCGAGGACAAGGUAGAGGGCGUGGAGAGAAAGUAGUAUCUGCAGAAGAUCUUGAUGCUGACUUGGAGAAGUACCACUCGGAAGCAAUGCAAGAAAAUUAAUGAAUUCCUCCUCUAUCAUUGUUUUGUUUUGUCUACACUUGCUGUAACUAUUCUGCGAAUUUAUGCUUUGCUUGAUGAUUACACAGACAACUCUCUUGUAUGUUUAGCCUCCUAGAAUUACAUGGAAGUAAUGAGUUUGUAACACAUUUCUUACUAACUCCGUUUAAAUUUGUGUAAUUUAUUGUUAGUUUGCUGCUACUGACCU